CGUUUUACUCGCAACAAAUAUCAGUGGAUUACCAUUCGGAAUGGCUCUUUAUGAUGACCUGGACACCAAGCAGGGUCCAGACAAGGUUGCCGGAUGGUCAUCCGGCAUUAAACUGCUCCAGACGCAGCUACAGGUGAAGAAAGCCACCCAACCCAUCAUUCCUCCCAAGAACGUUUUGAGGAAGCACGCCCUGACACCAGUGGUCAAUCUGAAAGCAAAGAAGGAAAAUGUCGACCUGUUUGGAAUACCAUCAAGCAGCAGCCAGGCGGUGAUUGAUAAGCCGAUUACCGUCACGACCACGACGAUACCCAGUGUGAGCAGCAGCGGUGGAGAUGCAUACAGUUGGGACGUGAUAGAUGAAUACAAUCCACUGUGGCCAAAUGAAUACGAGAAGCUCACCAAGGAUCGAAAGGCUAAGGAACCACCCAAACAACCGGUGAAUAACUACGGACGGAACAGGCGAGAGUAUAAACGGGGUAUAAAUUUGAACAAGAUGCACGGAGGAGGUGGCGGUGGCGGUGGUGGAGGAGUAGGAGGAGGAGCUGGAGGUAGCGGUGGGGGUGAUGACGAUGGUCCCUCAGCGAAGAAGAGCGGAUUCGCUGGACGACCGACAUCCGAUGAUGAGGAAGAAUUCCGACCGGGGUUGAAGUCUUCCGGUGCGACAAUUGCUCCGCCAGCCUCACUGCAGGAAUCCGUUGCGCAGAUUCCCGAUGGGUCAAAACUGGCCAACCUGACUGCCUAUGGAGGAAGUUCGGUUGCAGCCAAGAUUAUGGCAAGGUAUGGCUUCAAAGAUGGUCAGGGCUUGGGCAAACAGGAACAAGGCAUGUCGAUGGCUUUGCAGGUUGAAAAGACUUCCAAACGAGGAGGACGUAUUGUUCACGAAAAGGACAUAAGCAUGCUUCCGCCGCCGGGCGAACUUCCAACAUCAUCGACAUCGGCCCAGGCGUUACCGGCGACAGAACCUUCGAUUACGGAAAUCAUGAAAUCACCCAGUAAAGUUGUCCUGCUGAGGAACAUGGUGGGUCCGGGAGACGUAGAUGACGAUCUGGAACCGGAGGUCAAGGAUGAAUGUAACACCAAGUACGGAGACGUGGUGACCGUCGUCAUUCACGAGAUGCCGAAGGUGGUUCCGGAGGAAACCGUUCGCAUAUUUGUCGAGUUCAAGCGCAUGGAAAGCGCCAUCAAAGCCGUCGUGGAUUUGAACGGUCGAUUCUUCGGUGGUCGUCAAGUUCGGGCAGGAUUCUACAACCAGGAAAGGUUCGACAGCAUGGACCUCAUCGGUUGAUGGAUGUUUCGGAUGUUAGUGAUGUAAGAGGUUUUUGUUCUCUCAGUAUGAGUUUAUAAUCUUCAGCAAAAAAGCAGUGUAAGCA